GUUAUCCAAUUGAACUCGCUCGAGCAGUCCUUAGCCUGAACGCUCGCACAGUUUUCUAGUGCGCCAAUUUCUUUGUUACAUUUCCCUAGAAACUUUAAUUACCAUUCGAAAUGAAGGUGCUGUUCCUUUGCGGACUCGUCCUUGUUGGAGCCCUCCUUGUUGACGCUGACAGCCAGGAAUUGUGUGCGUUGAGCCCUGAGGAAAUCAAGAAAGUUUUGACAUGCAUGGGAGACCACGUCAACUCGGAGCUCAAGGGCAAGGCGAAGGAGAUCAUCCAUAGCCAGGGUGACAACCUGGCUCAACUUGUCAAGAGGCAGUGCGAGGCCGAAGUCGACUUCCUUGAGCUGCUGAAGACCGCCUUCUCCGAUGAAGAAGCAGAGGCUAUCAAGAAGGCCUACGGUGAAUGCAAGCCGGCUAGUGGUUGAAAUGUUUCCGAAUACCAGUGAUCUAUAUGAUGGACCUCCAAGAAGUCAACAGCAACAAUUUUUUUUUUUUUUUAGGAUGCUAGAGUACAUGCCAAAAUAAAGGCCGAAGUCAGUCGA